GGGUUUAAAAAGGCUCAAUUUUUUGGGGAUGUCUGACCAUAAAAAAGUUAAAACAUAAUGCACAUUUGGAGGAAAAAAAGGAACGAAAUUCGAAAUAACCAGAAACUCUAAAAAUGGUCAAUCACAACGUCCAUCAUUUAUUUACCAUUAUUUUUUUAAUAAUUAUUUCACCAAUCCUUGGAUGGCAGUUAAACGAGCCAUAUGCAGGCUCUUUCAGUUUCUAUAAUGAAGUACGAUUUGGUCUUUGUGUAGGAAAAUUGACUGAUGCGGAAAAUGAUUUUUUAGUUGCUAUUAGCUAUAAACUAUGGAGCAAGAAUGUUGUUAUAAGUAAAGAUCCACUUUGCCAUGUUUGUCUUAAAGUUGAUUACAACGGGAAAUGUAUCACAGUCCCUGUCAGAGAUGUCUGCCAUGAAUAUGAAUGUUCUGCGACACACGCCAUUUUGUCGAAACCUGCGUUUGAGAAGCUCGAAAGUUUGUCUGUAGGAAGCGUUCAAAAUGCUACUUUAACUUUUGUCAAAUGUGAUGGUGUGGUAGAUGGGAACAAGAAAAAAUGAUAAAUAUAAGUAAUUGAAUGUGAAUAUGAAGAAUAAAAAUUAAUUAAAGUUAAAAAAUCACAG